AAGCGUUCAACCCUGCAUUUUCUUCUGGAAACGCAGCUCCGUCAUGUUCCUUUAUUCUUCUUCUUGCUAAUAUUUUCCACUAAUGCAACAUUUAGUUGUAUUGUUUUGUUGAGGACAGCCAGCUGGCUACACUUCUGUCCUCUUCCCUUCCUGAGUGUCUUCUGCCAUUGAACCUCUAAACACGGAAACAACAAAUGUGUGGACGACGUUAUUCUGUUCCUGGACUCAAACCUUCGGCCUCAUCGAAUCAGGACUUUCAUGUUUCUAAAUAAACCCAGUUUCGCUCAAUAUUCGCCUCUUGGACAGCAGGCGGCAGCGUCCUCUUCCUUUCCUCAGCACCGACACGGUUUCUUUUUUCUGCUGUUGCUAAGCAACCGGAACCGCGAUGACGGAGCUUCACCAAGCGGCUGCAGCGGGAGAUUUCAAGAAGGUGGAGGAGCUUCUGACGCAGCAGAGAUGCGGACCGAACCUCAGGGACGCGGACUGGGGCAACAAGACGGCUCUUCACUGGGCGGCGCGGGAAGGUAGGCCGGGGUCACUGUCACGCGCCUCCGCAGCAGCGCGCGCCCAGGAGCCCCGACCAAACCAAACGGAGGCUCGGCCACACAGAAACGGUGAGGCUCCUCAUCCAGCACGGGGCCAGGCCGAGCCUGAGGACGCAGGACGGAUGGACCCCCGCCCACUGCGCCGCAGAGUUUGGUCGGCUGUCCGUGCUACGCCUGCUGCACUCCCUCCACGCCCCCAUAGACCAGGAGGACCGCUGUGGGGACAAACCGCUGAGGAUAGCUCAGGUCUACGGACACCAAGACUGUGUGGACUUCCUGAGAACGGCAGAGAUGGAGUGCCAGGCCUACAGAGAGAAGGCAGCUCAGCUGGGAAUCUCACUGGAUGAUACAGAUGAGGAGUGGGCGGGGCACAGCUGAGGAGUGGGCGGGGCACAGCAAUGGCGAAAACAGGUUUUCUAAGAACAGCAACCAGACUUAAGAUAACCCAGCUGUACAGCUUGUUUUACUACAUAUAUUUAGAUUAUUUGGUAAAAACGUGACACAGCAGAAUUCAUCUAUGAAUAAAAUGAUUUAACUUAAGUGUAAUCUUUCUUGUUUGAAAUUAAAUAAAGUCAUAAGAAAACAAAGACAAAUAAACGUCCUGAUUGUGUUCCCGAAAACUGAACUGGAAGAUUAUUUCAAAGCUCAGCAAAGUUAA